AUCCACUCCCACACGCACCCCGCAGCCUCUGCCCCCAAGAAACAAGGCGCGAGGAAGAGGGCGGCGAUCGAUGGCGAUGCAGGACGAGGAGGCGGAGGCGGGCGCCGGCGGCGUCCGUCCGGUAGCGAUGAAGAAGUCUGCGUGGACCAAGGAGGAGGACGCCGCGCUGCGGGAGCAGGUGCGGGCGCACGGCCCGCAGAACUGGGCGGCCAUCAGCGCGGCGCUGCCCGGGCGCAACCCCAAGUCGUGCCGCCUCCGCUGGUGCCAGCACCUGACCCCCGGCGUCGACGCCGUGAGGCCCUUCACCCCCGAGGAGGACGACAAGAUCGCCGGCCUCCACCGCCUCUACCCCAACAAGUGGGCCACCAUCGCGGGCUUCCUCCCCGGCCGCUCUGACAACGCCAUCAAGAACCGCUGGAACUCCGUCCUCGGCAGGCAGCCGCAGCCGCAGCACCAGCAGUGGGCGCUCGCUGCCCCGCUCCGCCGCGUCUCCGACAGGACGCUCCCGCUCUUCCCUCAAGCGUCGGGGGAUGUCAGGGCGAUCGCCCGGAGCACCUGGGUGCUCCGCCACCCGCCGCCCGGCGACGCGGGGGCUGAUUCGAGCGGCGCGUGCCUCAAGUUGUUCCCGCUGGCGCCGGGGGACCUCGUCGGGGCCAACGACACGAGCGAGGGAGCGGAGAUGGAUGUGGAUCGCAGCGACGACGACCCGACGGCCACCGGGCUGCGGCUCUGGCCGUGCACGAGGGCCACUUCUAUGGCGGCGUUCAAGGCGAUGGUGCAGACAGUUCGGGCGCCCUAGAUCCUCCUGUCUUUGCCUGAAUUUCUGUUGUUCUUUGACCUGCUGAGCGAUGAAUGAUCUGUAAAGGAUUUCCUUGGCCGUCUGAACUACCGAUAGGAUAGUGGGUCGUACUAGCAAUCUACUAGCUAAGUUCUGUUGUCUUCCAAUUUUUGAGACGGCAUUUGGGGAAUUAUGCUGAAAAUUUCUGAAUGUUCAGUUCACCGGGAUUGGAAACCUGUUCGGGCUCGUAUUAAGCGAGCGUUCGCUGC